AUGCAGGCAUACUUUCAAUAUCGUGCCAUUCGGAAUUCAGUCCGCAAACAAUUAGACGACUUCCCUCAAUGGAUCCACGAUUCCAUUGGCCAAGCAGGUUCAGGAAGCUCACUGCAGCGACGUCCAUCUCGACCACCCCCGAUCCCAGGAAUUCGCCUGAUCGACAACCCCAAUAGCCGGGAAGAGCUCUCUCAUAUCUUUUUUGUCGACUGGGAAAACAAUAAAGACCCGCUGAGUCCACGACAACUUUCGCUCGCCACACGAGUAGCAGUAACAUUGAUCGUUACUAGCCUGGCAUUUGUAGUCAGCGCUUCGUCGUCGAUCGAAUCGGCAGUUGUGCCACAAAGCACCGCCGACUAUGGGGUCAGUGAAGUCGUAGCCGCACUUUUCGUCGGGAUAUUCCUCCUCGGCUUCGCUACCGGAUCAUUAAUCUCAGGACCUCCAUCAGAGAUCCUGGGCCGCAACGCUGUCUACCUAGUUUCCACAUCCCUCUUCAUGAUCUUCGUCAUGGGCUCCGGGCUAUCCACAAACACCGGAGCCAAGCUGGCAUUUCGCUUCUUAGCGGGUGUAUGUGGCUGUCCGCCCCUGACGUGUGCUGGCGGUUCGGUGGCGGAUAUCUGGGAUUCAAAAGAGAAGACAUUGGCCUUUCCGGUCUAUGCAAUUCUUUCAUACGGCGGUGCCAUCCUGGCCCCGGUUAUUGCAUCUUACAUGGGUUCGGGGUCAAUCUCGUAUCGCUGGACUGACUGGAUUGUGCUCAUUAUGGCCGGCCUUGUCUUAUCCCUUAUUGUUCUUGUACAACCAGAGACAUAUGGUCCACUACUCCUGCGGUGGAAAUCUAAGCACCUACGGCAAUUAACAGGCGAUCCUCGGUACCUGUCAAAGCUGGAUCUUGACCAGACUCCACUUUUGUCUCGGAUUAGACGCGCCUGCGUUCGGCAGUUCACUCUGCCAAUCCGGGAGCCGAUCGUCCUUGUACUCUCGUUGUAUCUGACGGUGCUGUAUGUUGUACUUUUCGCCUUUUUUGUCGGGUAUGCCGAUAUCUUCACAGACGUACACGGUAUGUCCCAGGGACUGACAAACGUCGUUUGGGUCGCUAUCCAUCGGAAGCGAGGGCUGAAGGGCGAUAGAGAGGUAUCUGAAAUGGGCAAUGAAACCAACGUCUCUGAGAAACCAAGCACAAUCCAACCAGAAGAUAGACUCUGGUACGCCAUGAUGGGUGCUCCAGCAAUGACCUUGAGUCUUUUCUGGAUGGGGUGGACGGACUAUCCAUCUAUCUCAGUAUGGUCCCCAAUCGUCGGCUCAGCAUUCUUCGGCUUCGGCAGCAUCUGCAUCUUUAUUUCCAGCUAUAUGUACAUCAUCGACACCUACGAGGUCUAUGCUGCAUCUGCGCUGGGGUUCAUGACUUCCUCGCGCUAUUGUGUCGCUGGGGGUAUGACUGUAGUCGGCGUCCCAUUCUAUCAUAACAUGGGGGUGCAUUGGACAUUGACUAUUUUGGGGAUUAUCAGUGCUAUUUUGACUCCUGUGCCCUAUAUUCUCUGGAAGUUCGGGCCUGUGGUUCGGGGGUGGAGUCGAUUGUUCAAAAGAGAGAGAAGGAACAGGGAAUCUAACGAGAAGGACCGGUUAUCCUCCAGGAUGAUCGAUAAAGCCAGAUUAUAA